UGUGUGUGUGAGAGAAAUCCCAGGAGAUCAGUGGUUUCUGAAAUACCCAAACCAGCCCGUCUGGCACCAACAACCAUUCCACGGUCGAAGUCACUGCAGUCACGUUAUCCCCUUUCUGUAUCUGAUUUUAUGCAUGGGCACGUGAUUGGCAGUCCGUACAGGAUUUCGAGUUUUAUUUGGUUGUUGUGACCAAAAGUGUUUGAGUGUGCAAAAAAAUAAAUUUGCAAGGCAAUUUGCGGAUUUUUCUGUGGGUUUUAUUUAUUUAUUUUUUGCAGACUACUUGAACUUGCGAAAUUGCCAUUGCACGAAAUUUUGCAGUGAUGUUUGUUGGUAGAUGAGACCUUGUAGCUGUACUCAUGUUUGACGCACGUGAAUUGAAGAGGGCUUUGACUGAAUCUGCGUUGUGAUGACGUCACAUGACGCGUCUUGGCUGAAAUCUACGGUCAUUUUGAAAAAUUCCAAGCUGCUCUGAAUUUUGCGGCGUUUGCUUGAUUCCGGGUUAUUUUCUGAGAUCGUGAAAUCCUGGAGGGACUGGAUUGGCUGAUUUGGAUAAUGAUGAAUGAGCAGGUGUGCCUAUUAUUGUGUCUGAGUGUAUAUUACCUGGGCAUGCUGUAGAAGGGACAAUAUGAUGUAGUCUUUCUAGAAGCAUCUAUGUGCAGCCUUUAAAAAGAUUUAUUUAUUUAUUUUUUAAAUACUUGCCUCAUGUCUACGUGUAAAACCAGUCCAGUCCGAACUGGGCUUUAGUCUUGGCGCGGGGUUCGAAUCGAAUUUCUGCUGAUUUCAGUUGGGAUAAAAGUGUCAUGUAUUAUGAAUAAAUGUAAACAUCAUGUUAACGAAAGCAGUAAUGAAGAUUAUAUAAAUGUUUCUAUAGUCUAGCUGGAUAUGUUGGAUAUGUAACGUCAUUUUUCUUUUUUUUUUCUUUUUUUCCCCUCCCCCCUGCCAGAUGCGUUUCCUUCCUCUGCUUUCGUCUCCUUGUUUGUUCGGCCACUGAUAUGAAGGGUCCUGGCUCUUUCUUUCCUGCAGGCUGCCUCGUCAUUCGGUCUCACGCACAUGUUUAAAGCAGGGAGUUUCUGCGCUCCUCCAGGUGCACUCGCUGAAUAACAUCUGCAGCUCGCACGCCUUCCUCGACACUGCUUUAUACAGCAAAGACGUCCUGCUGGAUAUUAAGUCUUCUUUUUUCCAUUCAGUACUUCUGGUUUGCAGCCUGUAGAGGUCAUGAAGAGUUGAAGCAGUGACAUCAAGGGUUGUUUCUGUGUCAUUUUGGGACUCUAUUUUCCUGCAGGAAUUUUUAUUUUUUUUUAUAUCCGUGUUUAGCGCUCUGUCGAGAGAGGGAUCUUUUGGAGAGGUGUGUGUGAAAUUAAUGGUAUGCAUCUAGCGGCACAGGAAAAAGCAGCCAGGCUGGAUUAUUCUUAUUUACACCCUGCUAUUACUCAAACCUUUCCCCUCUGUGCCCUGAUUGGUGCCUGUGCUUCCUAACUACUGAUCUGAAGUCAGGUGGGUGGGGCACGAAGUGUGUGUGUGCAACAGGAAACGAGUUGAGGUUUCAGAGUUGAGCAGGGUUAGUCAGUGGGUGUGUUGUGCCGUCUCGCGUCUCUCUCUUCAGCUGGACACGAUUGAAGGUUCUUUGUACCAGAUGAGGAACAAUGCUGGCCAUGGACCAAGGUAUGGUGGAGGAAUGGCUGUCUGAGUACAAGACGUUGCCUGAGACGGCCAUCUCCAGCUAUGCUGCGUCUCUGAAGGAAAAGACUUCACUGGUCCCGGCACUCUAUAAAGUUAUCCGAGAGAACUACAGCGAUCUCUUGGAGCCAGUAUGUCACCAGCUGUUUGAGUUCUACCGGAGUGGAGAGGCUCGUCUUCAGCGCUUCACCCUGCAGUUCCUGCCUGAGCUGGUGUGGAGCUAUCUGUCGGUGAGCGCCAGCAGGAACCCUCACCACAGCGGCUGCAUCGAGGCUCUUCUGCUCGGCAUGUACAACCUGGAAAUAGUUGAUAAAGAUGGUCAAAGCAAAGUGUUAUCCUUCACCAUCCCCUCCUUAUCCAAACCAUCAGUGUACCAUGAGCCUUCUACCAUCGGUUCAAUGGCCCUAACUGAAGGAGCUCUAGCCAAUCACGGGCUUAGUCGAGUUGUUUACAGUGGACCGCACCUCCAGAGAGAGACGUUCACAGCGCAGAACAGGUUUGAAGUGCUGACGUUCCUGCUGCUUUGCUACAAUGCUGCUCUGAGCUACAUGAACAGUUCUUCCCUUCAGUCUCUGUGUCACCUCAGCUCCAGAGUGUGUAUCUGUGGCUAUCCGAGGCAGCAGGUUCGGCGGUAUAAAGGCAUCAACAGCAGGAUGAUCGUGACAUCGGAGUUCCUGGUCCAGCUGAUCACGGGCAUUCACUUUGCUCUGUGUAACGGAGAGCCUGAUUUGGGCUCCAAAGCUCUGGAUGACGUGCUGUAUCGAGCUCAGUUGGAGCUUUACCCAGAAGUCUUGCUGGUGGGAAACGCCAUCAAGUCGUCACUCCGUGGUGCUGCUCUGAAGUCCAAUAAGGAAGGCACGCGGUCCAUCCAGGUCGAGAUCACGCCUACUUCCUCACGGAUCUCCAGAAACGCCGUCACCAGUCUCUCCAUCCGCGGCCACCGCUGGAAACGGCACGAUGCAGUGGAUCUGGGUUCCCCGGAAGAGCUGAUGGAGAUCUCGGAGGUGGACGAGGGCAUCUGUACACAGGCCGGAGUGAAGGAGGGCAGCCCGCCGAUCAUCGUGGUGAGCAGCACCAACGUCACGACGAGCAUCGGGAAAACAGCUGGCAAGGGCCUGCGGCGCCUAACGGGCAGCAAAUCCAGCAAGGACAAGGAGAGAGAGAAGGAGAAAGAAGGAGAGGUCUCGCGCAAGCAGUCGUGCGGCCGGGCCAUGAGCGAGAACUUGGAGCUGCUCUCGCUCAAGCGCCUCACGCUCACCUCCAGCCAAUCAGUGCCUAAAGGAGGUGCGCUGAACCUCUCGCGCACGGCCAGCGCCGCCUUCUCUCGCUCCUUCGAGCAGGUCAGCAAUGCGCUGGGUGUGACCAACCGGGCAUCAAGCCCCGCCUCAAAUCACAGCCCCAAGGAGAACAGGCACUCAGCCUGCAGUCUGCAAGAGGAAGCCUACAUAGAGCACCUGAGCCCGGCUAACGUCAGCCUGCAGCUCGGCCCGGACGCGUGACGGUACCGAUUCGCUUCCAGACCUGCCGAAUAUUGAGCCAUACUUUCCACUGGUGUCCUAAAAGAACUCGCAGUUUGUCAUUUCUUGGAGGAAUCAAGAGACCACUCCUGCCCCCUGGUGGCAAAUCAAAACUGUUGCACCUUAAAGAAACUCCAGUUCUUUUUAUUUUUGUGGUGUCUUCUCUGAAGUUGUGUUUAAAAAUGUGUGUGUGUACAAAAAUAAAUUUGUAAAAAUCCACUUUUCCUCGUUUGUAUCAUGAACUUGAUACAGUGGAUUGUAUGUAAAAGUCUGACUUUGGGAUGUUAAAGAUAUUUUUGAUGCUGUACUGAUUUCUCAUUUCUGCUCAAGUAGCUUUCCAUCCAAGCAGGAUGAUGAUUAUGUAUGCAAAGGAUGGUUCCUUUGCUCUUUAAGUGUGUGUGUGUGUGUGUGUGUGUGUGUGUGUGUGUGUGGGUGGGUGGAUGGGUCCUAAAAUAAAUUUGGGGUGAAUUUUCACUGCCUUCCUGUAUGUACUUGGCUUUAAGGAAAGCCGUCACUAUUAAACGAACACUCCUGAUUCCUGAUACUUUGGCAAUAUAUUGCUUUUUAAAUCCCCAAAUACUGAAGUCCCAUCAAAACUGAUUUUAUGAAUUUUAAGACCAAACUAUAGUAUUUGUUUACAUGUUACAACUUCUUCAUGUUGUAUUUCCGAAGCAAUAGCAUUGUUUUGGCAACCGAAUCUGACUUUUGUAUUGAUUAUUUUUUGUACGUAGUAUAAGCAGUGGUGUUGCACCGAAGUAGAAUCCAGUAUUAAUGUGACUCGAAGGUCGAAGACCUAGAAACAGUUGGUGGGACAGCCAAAUUGUUUUCACCAUUUAAUCCUUCUUGGUUUUUUGUAUUAUUAUUAUUAUUAUUAUUAUUAUUAUUAUUAUUAUUAUUCUAAUAAUCCUCGUCUCAUCCUGUUUGGUGUGAGCUCUCCUGUUUGGAAGAGUUUCGUGAUUUUUCAUACUGAGCUGUCGGAUUGCUUUUAUUGAGCAACUCUGACAAAACACUGUGGUAUUGUAAUGAACCUGUGUGUUUGUUUUGGAAAAAUAAAAGCCAUGAUUAUUUUUUUUUUUUUUUUCCUCCUCUCCAAUUUUGAAAAUGUCUGGUCUGAAAAGUUAAUGCUUAUUUGAGGUUGUGGUUUUUUUUUUGUUUUGUUUUUUUUGUUUUUUUUAAUUAAUAAAUUGAAAUGGUUGAACAGUAUCGAAAGCUGUGUAUUUUUUAUGCAUGUAAAAGCAUCAAUAUUUAUUGUCAAAAGUGUGACCGUUUGCAUUCGAAUCGUGGGAAUUAUUUCAACCCUUCACAAUUUCAGCCCUUUGACCAGCUUUAGUGUUUGUCUAAAACGAAACACACACCGAUCGGGUCAUUGCGUUACACCGGGGCUAGAACCCCCAAACGCUCAUGCACGAAGGAGGAGCUGUCUGAAUUGCUAUUUUUACUCAUAGAAACACUUUAAGAGCUGCUUCGUAGUCAUUCUGAAACGCUUAAUGAUUACGGAUUCAUCAAUCAAUGCAGUUACUAAUAGGUAAUAAAUCAAUUGGAAACCAUAAAAGGCGUUCCUAUAUAUGGAACAAACCAUGUCACAAAGGAAAAAUAAAUAAUCAUCGUCAUCGUCAUAAAUAAGAAAUAAACGGACUGCACUCUCAGUGUGUGGUGUGCACACUUGAAAGAGUUGAUGGAUGAUACAAAGUGUUCAGAAACACAAAUAGUCCUGAGAAAGUAAAGAAUCCCAGAGUUAAUGAUGUCAUCUAGUGCAAACACCUUAUUUUAAUUGGUUACUUGAUUCCUGUUUGCUUUAAUAAUG